AUGAACACGAUGGCUCGCGCUGGGUUUCGCAUUGCCUUGCUACAGUUGAAGGUUGGUACAAGCAAGGCACAAAACAUCGAAAACGCUCUAUCGAAAAUACGCUUUGCUGUGGCGGAGAAAGGUGCCCGCGUGGUAGCUCUGCCCGAAUGUUUCAAUUCGCCAUACGGAACGCAACACUUUCAUGCGUACGCAGAAGAAAUUCCUACCGGUGAAACAAGCCGCAGCCUGGCCGCGAUCGCGAAAGAACUCGGCAUCUACCUGAUCGGUGGCACCAUUCCGGAGAAAUGUACAUUGGAUAACAAACUGUACAACACCUGCACCGUAUGGUCGCCAGAAGGUGCCCUAAUGGCAACGUACCGUAAAAUUCAUCUUUUCGACAUUAAUAUACCGGGCGGGAUCACUUUCCGCGAGUCGGACGUCCUGACGGGUGGCAGCAACCUAGCGACGGUGUCCAUCGAGGGUGCAAAAAUUGGCAUCGGCAUUUGCUACGAUAUACGAUUUGACGAGCUGGCACGGCUUUACCGCAAUCAGGGUUGCGAUAUGUUAAUCUACCCGGGUGCAUUCAACAUGAAGACGGGACCGUUGCAUUGGGAGUUGCUUGCACGGGGCCGUGCGAACGAUACGCAAUCGUACGUGGCAACAAUUUCACCGGCACGCGACGCAUCAGCAGGAUACGUGGCCUGGGGCCACUCGAUGGUGGUCGAUCCGUGGGCAAAGGUUAUCACCGAGGCGAACGAAGACGAGGCAACGGUAAUUGCGGACGUGAAUCUCCAGACGGUGGAUGAAGUGCGGGCACAAAUUCCGAUAUUCAGCCAACGCCGAACGGACCUCUAUAAGACGGAAGCUUUGGAGAAGUAA